GGCGGGCGGGCGCGCGCGCGCGUGUUGUUGUGGCCCCGCGCUCGCUGCUGACGCUGAUGACGUCAUCAGCCUGGGGGGAAAAAUGGCGCCUGGUCGCUCCUGCUGACACUCUUAUUUGAGAACAAUGGAUGGAGAGCUUUUAUCACUCAAGUGGAACAAUCACCGCACAACAUUUUACCACGUCAUUAGCGGCCUCCGUAAUAAGGAGACUUACACUGAUGUAACGCUGGCGUGUGAGGGCAAGUUUUACCCCGUCCAUAAGCUGGUUCUGUCCACCUGUAGUGAAUACUUUAGUGAUAUAUUUGAUCGCACACCAUGUAAGAACCCAGUAGUUGUUCUUAAAGAUAUUCAGUGUCAAGACCUUGAGUUCUUGUUGGACUAUAUGUACAUUGGUGAAGUUAAUGUUAGGCAAAAUGAACUUUCUUCUCUCAUCAAGGCUGCAGAAUGUCUCAGAAUUAAAGGCUUAGCUGUGCCAGAUGAAGAACCUAAAAAGAGUAGUGGUAGUAGUAGUAGUGGGUGUACAACUAGUGUGCCUCAGGGCAGACAACGUCCAGAACAAACUAGUCCUCCCGCUAAGAGGCGCAGAGCGGAGGAGAGACGAGUCACGCCCAUCGGGACAGAACACAGUCCUGGCAGACCUCCUGGAGAUGGCCCUAACACCCCAGAAACAAACACUGCACGUCAGCAUAAUCCUAGUGAAGUUGUCAAUCCUCGAGAACAAGCAGAGGAUCAACAAACUGAUAUAAAUACAGAGGAGUCACCUGUACUCAUCAAAGUGGAACAACAGGAGAACUUUGAACAAUCUGCUAAUGAUGAGUUCUUAUCAGUACAAAGUAAUAGUUAUGAUGGUGGUGGGGGUGAGGAGGGCGAUGGUCCCCAUAGCUCUGAGGGCAACACAAAUGAUUUCCCUGAGUUUCUUCAGUCAACCAUAGAAAAGGAAGAACCAGUUGCCAUGAGCGAUUUUAAUCCUAGCGACUUCCCCGGACCAUCUGGUCUACAGAAUGUGAGUAUUGCCUAGUUUGUGAUGACUUUA